AUGGUACAAAAACUUGACCAAAAACUUCCAGUCGCCAAUGAAUACUUGCUGCUUUCCGGAGGGGUCCGAGAAGGCGUGGUGGACCUUGACCUGGACGAACUGAACUUCUACGCUCGUGGCACUGACUAUGACAUGGACUUCACCCUGCUUGUGCCAGCCCUGAAGCUGCACGACCGAAACCAGCCGGUCACCCUGGACAUGCGCCACUCCGCCUUGUGUCAUUCCUGGCUGAGCUUGCGGCUCUUUGAUGAAGGGACCAUCAGCAAGUGGAAGGACUGCUGCACCAUCGUGGACCACCUCAACGGGGCCACCAACUACUUCUUCUCCCCCACCCGCGUGGCCGACUGGUUCUACGAGUCCAUCAGCGUGGUCCUCUGCGAAAUCCAGAAGAAGCCCCAGAGGGGGAUGCCCAAGGUGGAGAAGGUGGAGAAGAAUGGCACCCUCAUCUCCAUCAUUUUAGGGGUGGGCAGCAGCCGCAUGCUGUACGACAUCGUGCCGGUGGUGUCCUUCAAGGGCUGGCCGGCCGUGGCCCAGAGCUGGCUGAUGGAGAACCACUUCUGGGACGGGAAGAUCACGGAGGAGGAGGUCAUCAGUGGCUUCUACCUGGUCCCGGCUUGCUCCUACAAGGGCCGGAAGGACAACGAGUGGCGCCUCUCCUUUGCCCGCAGCGAGGUGCAGCUGAAGAAGUGCAUCUCCACCAGCCUCAUGCAGGCCUACCAGGCCUGCAAGGCCAUCAUCAUCAAGCUGCUCUCGCGCCCCAAGGCCAUCAGCCCCUACCACCUGCGCAGUGUCAUGCUCUGGGCCUGCGACCGGCUGCCCGCCAGCUACCUGCUGCAGGAGGAUUACGCUGCCCACUUCCUGCUGGGCCUGAUCGACGACCUGCAGCACUGCCUGGUGAACAAGACCUGCCCCAACUACUUCAUCCCCCAGUGCAACAUGCUGGAGCACCUCUCCGAGGAGACGGUCAUGCUCCACGCGCGGAAGCUCUCCUCCGUGCGCUCCGACCCGGCCGAGCACCUCCAGAUGGCCAUCGAGCACGUCAAGGCCGCCAACCGGCUGACGCUGGAGCUCCAGCGGAGGGGCAGCGCCACCAGCAUCCCCUCCCCCCAGUCGGACGGAGGGGACCCCAACCAGCCCGACGACCGGCUGGCCAAAAAGCUGCAGCAGCUGGUGACUGAGAACCCGGGAAAGUCCAUUUCGGUCUUCAUCAACCCCGACGACGUCACGCGGCCCCACUUCAGAAUUGACGACAAAUUCUUCUGA